GGUCAUACAAUUUUGAAGCUAGCCAACGCAUGUUUACUCCGUCGAGGCGGUUGAACAAUUGUGGAAGUCUUCCGCGCGCUCCGUUUGCGCAGCUAAUUGGAGUUACUUCGAAAGCGGUUUGAAUUGGAGCGUGCCACCCGACUCGCCCGUAAGCAGCGACAUGAAGGGUAAAAAGUCCAAAGGGGACAAUAAUGCUGUGUCUUCGAAAAAGGCUAGUCGAAAGGGUACCCCCGCGGGGGGAAUAACGAAGGAUGCCGAAAGCGACAGCGCAGACGAUUUGGUCAUCGGGAACAUGGGCGACUUAAAUGAGAAGGACGGUGCGAAGAGGGCACUCCCGAAGGUCGUCCAGAUGAGGAGAGAUAUCAGAAAGCUCAAAAAGGAAAAAGCCAUCAUAAGCAAAAUGGACGCCGAGGACAAGGAAAAGGCGGAGCACAUGCUGCAAGUGCACAAGGCGCUGCGCAAGUCCAAGGGGGAAAAAGUUUACGAUGAAAAGAGCCUCAAGAAGCGAAGCCAACGGAUUUUGAGGAAAAAAAAUAAAUCGCGCAAGCGCUGGGCGGAGAAGCUGGCCAAGGGGCAGGGCAAAGCCCCCUCCUGACACGAUUCGAAGCAGUCCACAAAUUAAAAAGUGC